AUGCAUGAUGGCCUCUGCAUACCCGAAAUUCUUGCUCAAAUCUUUGCUAACAUCCACGACAAUGAUGAUUUAGCCCAAGUAGCCUUGACAUGCAAAACACUCAGCGAACCAGCGCGGGACGAGCUCUACCGACAUCUUCCAAACCUCGCAUAUCUGUUCAUGGGUCUUCCGGAUGAAAUUUGGGAAAACGAGAACACUCGGACGACGUUCCGUCGAAUGAUGCUCCCCAGUGACUGGCAGAUAUGUCGGCGCAAUAUGCACCGAGUCCAGUCCCUUGAACUCAUGGACCCAAAUCGCAGUUUUGGAGAUGACAUCGAUGACCCCGGGUCCAACGGUACGGCGCGCACAGUCGAGCAUGAAAUGCUCGCCGCUAUCUCGCAUUACUCGGGUCUGCCUCUACUUCCCAAUCUUCGAACGCUGCUCGUUGAAGGCGAGAUGUGUCCAUUGCCGUCGCUUCAGCUUCUCAUGGGGCCCCAGCUAGAGGAGCUAUCCUUCGAUAACGUCCCCUUCAAAGCCAUGCCGGUCCUGAUCCAAGCGGGUCGCAUGGCCUCUCUCAAAAGCCUGUCCUUAACCAUGUAUUUGUACUCGGGUGGGGACAUACGCCUGUUGGAUGCAGUCUUACUGGAGGCAAUUCCGGCUAUGCGGUCUCUCGAGUGUCUCUCCUUGGACAGAUGUCGAAGUCCACUGCUGCUCGAAGCCUUGGCCUCCCUCCCGUGUCUGCACACAUUAGAGCUUUCCAUGUGGGACGAGAGAGAUGGGUACCCCGAGCCCCUCGAGGAACUUGUAUUCCCCCAGCUUCGGAAACUUUCAAUUCCGAAACCGUUCCGUUUACAUCCAGCUACCUACAUUCGCAUGCUGCAGAAGAUGCGUAGUUCUGUUGGACUCACUUCACUAGAGACCGGCAUCGAUGCCCCAGAGCCAGAAUUGGAUAGUUUCAUCCGGGCACUCACCACCUCUUCCCCGGACACGGUGAUGAGAAACUUGGAAAUGACCUGUUAUUACCCCGGCUCCUUGGACUUUUCAUUCUUUCGGCCACUCUUCACCUUUCAGCACCUGACACGAUUUCUCCUCAUGACUUCAACAUUGACGAUCAACGACGACAGGCUCGCAGCGCUCUCGCUCGCCUGGCCACACCUCCGCGACCUGACCAUCCGUCUCCCCUUCACCGGGUGGCAUCCAGGCCACAAAGUGACCCUCCGAGGGCUUGCAAUGCUCCUGCACAACUGUCCCGAGCUCAGGGAGAUAAACAUUCUUGUUGACACCACAUUCGCCAACAACUCGUCGACGAACAUCCCGAUGCAGGGCGCUCCUUUCAACACCAGGAUCACAAGCAUCACGCUAGGAGAUUCGCCCAUUGACAACGCCUACUUUGUUGCUUCUUGGCUGUCCCGCAUGAUGCCCCGGCUCCGCAACAACACCUGGUGGAGAACGCAUCAAAGUGAAGAGGAAUGGGAAGUGGCUCAUCCCAAGUGGGUACGUGUAAACGAACUGCUAGGACGGCGGCCGUACCCGUAGAAUUUUCUUCUUUGCGAUGCUGUUAGCGUUGGACGAUGGCAGUGCGAUGAAAGUUCGUCUAUUACAUUAGCGACAACUAUAAAGAGCCAGAAAUGAUACCCAAUUCGCC